AUGGGGAACAACACUUUAAAUGAACUGUUUGAUUUGAACGGCGCAUGGGGCUCAUUGAAACCUCUUUUGAAAUACCCUGAGUACCGUGCCCAUAAGAUAUUGAUGUUGUACAUUUCGCCCAUACUCCUUGUCCUCGGCGUCUGUGGCAACUUUAUGUCCUUCUUCAUCCUGCGUCAAAAGCGAAACCCUCGCUCGUCCACCUACACCUUCUUGACGUCGCUGGCCGUGGCCGACACCAUGGUUCUGUUGGUGGGCUUGUUUCCUAGGUGGCUUGGUGAACUAAUAGGCUUUGAUGUCCGUUUUCAGGCCAACUGGCUUUGUAAGACCAUGGUAAUGUUGGGCUACUUCUGCAGCAAUAUAUCUACGUGGAUAGUGGUUGCUGUAACCAUAGAGAGGUUUCUGGUUGUGUAUUACCCAUUGAAGGUUCUCGGCCUUUACAGCGUUGCCCUUGCGAGAAAGAUCAUUGGUGGAUUGUAUGCCCUGUUUCUGAGUUUAAACAUCCACUUUCUAUGGACGGUUGGCCUGGUUGACGAGAAGGAGUCCUACCCUAAUCAAGUAUGUGGUGCGGUGGUGGGCAAUGAAUAUCUCAUCACCGUCAUCUGGCCCUGGGUGGAUGCUGUCGUAUACUGCCUGCUCCCAUUCUUCACCAUCGGCAUCUUCAAUGUUCUCAUCAUCUUAAAGGUUCGACGGACAGCCAGACAAAGAGCACUUCUUCAAAAAGUCUGCCUCAGAAAGCAGAAAGCAACAUCGCUGGACACGUCCUUCUGCCUGACCUGGAUGUUGCUCAGCGUGUCCUUCGCGUUCUUGCUGUGCAAGCUUCCCAUGAACAUCAGCAUCAUAGCAUCUGUGUUCCUCAACAGCAGGGGCCACAGCAACGCGGAGAUGUCCAAAUUCCAGCUCUUUUUCACCAUCUCCGAGCUGCUGAUGCAUCUGAACCACUCUAGUAACUUUUUUCUCUACUGUGCAUCUGGACAGAAAUUCCGAAAUGAUGUUCUGAAUAUGUUUUGUUGGAAAAACGGGCAACACGAUAUGGUAUCAUCUGUUGGCAGUCCACAUAGUUGGUACAGGAACACCAGAAAAGAGGAAACAUUUGUAUAA